AUGGCGGCAGCGUCCAAUCCAGCGCCUGGUAGAUCAAGUCCCUCCAGGCCGGGAAAUGAAAGGUUUAGGGGCACUCCUCCAUCCACUUCUCAAACACCUGUGAGAGCACGGGAGAUAAAUUCGCCAACCGUCGAUGAUAGCGCCGACGCCAGGUCCAGUCCCGAGGCAUCCUUGAACUCGAGCAAGCACAUUUUGCCAGCUCUCAAAGGCGAUGUAGCCCGCCAUGGUCUCGCUACAGCAACAACUUCACCUCAUGGGCCAACAGAGGCCUUAAGCACUCCGACGCGAAGUAGUCCCGCUGCAAGGUUAGCCAGCAGUCAGGAUGAGGAGGAAGAGAUGGAAGUCAUGGUUCCGAACGCCGUGAAGGUGACGUCGAAGCCCGUUAAUAAGCUUUCCGUGCGCCAACUCGCAGACCCUUCACCAACUCUUGAGUCACCCAAGGCCUUCGACCUACCUUGGCCAUGUGGCCAGGCCAAUGCCUCCUCGCCAAAGCACAGUACCAUAGUUGCCACCUCUCAGUCCGCUUCUACUUUGGCAUCUCAUAGCCCUAAUAUGCCUGAAAAUGAGCCUCUACGACGACGACGCCGACGGAUGGAAGCACCAUCGUUUAGCCAAAUCACGCCAGAACCGGCCCUGACCAGCAGGGGUCUUUCGGCAGGGCAGCUUAGGCCCGCUCUUCAGCAAUCGCCUACAUCCACGGCUGAAGCUCUACUAGGCAACACCCCAGAAUUAACCCAGAUCUCUUCUGACAAGCGGGAGGAUUCUCCUUGCAAACGCUCAAGCUUUGCGUCUGAAGCAAGCCCCUCGCUGAAGAAACAGCAGUUGUGUGUAUCUGGCGAAGGGUCCAGUGCCGAUGCCUCCACAUUACCACAAAGUCAAAGACAUCCAGCAAGCGGUGCCCCGCCAUCUUUGACUGCCUCAGGUUCUGAUAAAGUCAUAAAGGAAAUGGCGCCUUUUGACAUGUUCAGGCAAGCCUACCCCCAAUACGCAGACUCCUUGGACAACUUCGUGAGAGCUGCUAUAUGCCUCAGGUUCAUGCAGAGCCAGAAUCUUUUGAGCGAGUACCUAUAUGACGAUUUCAUUCGAGUCUUUUCAGGGUCUUAUGUUGACUAUGUAGACUCGUGCGCGAAUCCACUCCCCGCUCAUCAGUGGUACAACAGCAUCGGGGGUAAGCCGGCUUUUGAUAAGAUGGUCAUCACGAGAGAGACUCUUAGUCGCGUAUUUGAGGUAUAUACCGAUGUAGCGAGAGAAGCUAACGACUCUAUUGGCUCUUCUCUGGCAUCUCCCCUCAAACAAGGCCGGUCCGAAGAUGGACACGAUAUAGAAACACCCUAUCGAGAGUCGUCAAACCAUAAUGUCCGAGAGUCGCAGCAGCACAAGAGCUCCGCGGCUACACCCACUCAGACCUCGACUCCAUCAUCAGAAAGUCCUCGCUCAACGCAGGUUGUUUGGCGCACUCCAUCGAAUCCCGCGUCAGGGGUGGCCAAGCUCUUGAAUGGCGAGCGAGGUCUGCGCGGGGAUCCCAGAUUCCAGAAGACCAAUCCCCUGUGGAAUCUACGGGAUCACAAUCCGCUUCCGAGCCUAGAUUCUCUCCAGCGUCUCGCCACCGCAGCGCGGCAAGUCCGUUUGCAUUAG